GGAGCUUUCGGAUCCUAUCGCGUAUCACGUGCUGCGUCACGUGCACAUUCUCUCUUACAACAGUAAUUUCUACUCUCGCCGACCGGAUACCGUUUCUCAAAUACAAGCACAAUUUACACACCACUUUCCCAUGUCUUGCUGUGCGCUCCAACUCGUGAUACGUUUUCACGUUGCCAUCCUGUUACUGCAGAUCCUUCUUACUAGGUUGGGCCGGGCUGCCUCGCUGCCGGUCCCUCUUCGACCUCGCACCUGGGCCCAGGAGCAUCCUUGUCUGUCGUCAUCUCCAUUAUUUCCUUUGUGGGCUCGGUGGGCCAGAUCAGAACCGAUCAAGAUCGAGAUAACGAUAAGACAUCGACGACGCGGCGAAGACUAAUGCGAUGUAAAGCAGGGCGAGUCUAUGCGCGACAGGACCAUCGUGUCAAAAGUAAUAAUGCGCGAAUUCAUGCAACAGCGCAGAGGCCGCCGC